CGGGGCCUGGAGCCCCUCUGGCCUGUGUCUGUGCAGCUGCCUGUGACAGCCCCGAGUGCGGUCUGCGCUCUCCGCGCCGCCCCCGACCCCUCAAGCCCGAGCACCCCGGGAUACCGCACCCUCCGCAGGUUACCUGUGCGUCCGACCUGCCGGGAGGUGCUGGGUGCACCCGGAGGAGUCAACCACUUCUCACUUUCUCGGCCUGGUGCUCUCUUAGGCACUUGGAGGCCUGUCUGUCGUGGUCCCUGUCAGGGUCUGUGGCCCCAGCCGUAUUUGAACCACUUCGGCCCUGGGCAGGUGCCACUUCCAGGCUCUGGCUGAGAAGUUAGACUUAGGACUGUUGCUUUCUCUCUGCCCACACUCUGCAGGUGACACCCAGGCCAGCUACUCAGGAGCCACCAGGAAUGCUAGUGGAGCCCCUCGUCCCUCCUCUCAGCUUCUCUACCCAGCUGCCCCAUGGGCCUUGAUCCAGAAAGCUCCUUGCGAAAGCCGUCCCCCUUUCGCACUCUGUCCAUAUACCAUAUCGUAGUAGACAGUCAUUUCAAGGGCACAGCAGGGGCCACUACCACGUGAGGGACUCUUGGGCAUUGCCGAGUGUACAAAUGAGGACAGAGCAGUGAUCGAAGGAUCGCAUAGGAGAGCGACAUGAUCAGGUUCCUUGGGGGAGACGCCCUGAGGUGUCUGGGCCCAGGUGGGGUAAUGCCGUGUGAGCUGUAGAUGGUGUGAGGCCGCCCCAGAGCCAGGAAAUGGCUACAGCCUUGGAACCAGAGGACCAGGAUCUUUGGGAAGAAGAGGGGAUUCUCAUGGUGAAGCUGGAGGACGAUUUCCCCUGCAGGCCAGAGUCUGUCUCACAGGGGGACGACCCCGUGCUGGAGACCUCGCACCAGAACUUCCGGCGCUUCCGCUACCAGGAAGCAGCGAGUCCACGAGAAGCUCUCAUCCGACUGCGGGAGCUCUGUCACCAGUGGCUGAGGCCGGAGAGGCGGACGAAGGAGCAGAUCCUGGAGCUGCUCGUGCUGGAGCAGUUCCUCACCGUCCUGCCGGGGGAGCUGCAGAGCUGGGUGCGGGGCCAGCGGCCCGAGAGCGGCGAAGAGGCCGUGACGCUGGUGGAGGGUUUGCAGAGACAACCCAGGAGACCAAGGCGGUGGGUGACUGUCCAUGUUCACGGCCAGGAAGUCCUGUCAGAGGAUACAGUGCCCCCUGGAGCCGAGGCCGGGUCGCCUGGUGAGCCACAGGAUCCUGCACAGACUUCGAGCCCUGAGCAGUCCCAGGAGGAAACCACGCAGAGCCCAGACUCAGAGGCGCCAGAAGAGCAGAGCCCCUGCCACGAGGAGGAAGCCCAGCCUCUGCAGGAGAGCGGGGUUCCAGCGUCCCAGGACCCGGCCCUGCCCGCAGAGGAGCGUUCUGGAGACCCCGAGAUGGUCGCCCUUCUUACCGCCCUAUCACAGGGCCUGGUGACUUUCAAGGAUGUGGCUGUGUGCUUCUCCCAGGACCAGUGGAGUGAUCUGGACCCAACACAGAAAGAGUUCUAUGGAGAAUACGUGCUGGAAGAAGACUGUGGGAUCGUGGUCUCUCUGUCAUUUCCAAUCCCCAGACUAGAUGAGAUCUCCCGGGUUAGAGAGGAAGAGCCUUGGGUCCCAGAUAUCCAAGAGCUUCAAGAGCCUCAAGAACCAGAAAUCCUGAGUUUCACCUACACAGGAGAAGGGAGUGACGAUGAGGAAGAGUAUCUUGAGCAAGAAGAUGGUUUAGAGGACAUGCACAGGUCUACUGUGGGAGAUCCAGAAAUUCGCCAGACUCCAGACUGGGAAGUAGUCUUUGAGGAUAAUCCAGCCAGAUUUAGUGAAAGGAGAUUUGGUACCAAUAUUUCUCAAGUGAAUAGUUUAAUGAAUCUUCGGGAAACCAUGCCUAUCUUCCCCCUGUUAGCAAGACACCAUGACUGUCUCGUAUGUGGAAAAAGCUUCACUUGUAACUCCCACCUUGUUAGGCACAUGAGAACUCACACAGGAGAGAAGCCUUACAAAUGUAUGGAAUGUGGAAAAAGUUACACACGGAGCUCACAUCUUGCCAGACACCAAAAGGUUCACAAGGUGAGCACUCCUUACAAAUACCCCUUAAACCGCAAGACUUUGGACGAGACCCCGCCUCGGAUUCAGGCAGAGAGAACUCCCCGAGUGGAGAAACCCUUUAGAUGCGAGGACUGUGGAAAGCAUUUCCGCUGGACUUCAGACCUUGUCCGGCACCAGAGGACUCACACAGGGGAAAAGCCCUUCCCGUGUAAUAUCUGUGGCAAAAGCUUCAGCCAGAAAUCUGUGCUGACCACGCACCAAAGAAUCCACCUUGGAGGCAAACCCUACCUGUGUGGGCAGUGUGGGGAGGACUUCAGCGACCACAGGCGGUACCUGGCACAUCGGAAGACGCACGCUGCGCAGCAGCUAUACCUCUGCAGCGAGUGUGGACGGUGCUUCAACCACAGUGCGGCGUUUGCCAAGCACCUGAGGGGGCACGCCUCGGUGAGACCCUGCCGGUGCAACGAGUGUGGGAAGAGCUUCAGUCGGAGGGACCACCUCGUCAGGCACCAGAGAACACACACCGGUGAGAAGCCGUUCACGUGCCCCACGUGUGGGAAAAGCUUCAGCAGAGGCUAUCACUUAAUCAGGCAUCAGAGGACCCACUCAGAAAAGCCCUCCUAGCGGGCCCCUGUGUGAGGGGAUCUGUGCUCAGCCCUCGCCCAGGGGUCGGGUAGGAGAUGCCUUCUUGCCAGCCGAGGAAGACUUCAUCCAGAGAGUCCCAGAUCUUAUUGCCUCUUCCCACGACCAAGUGGAGGCCCCAGGUGGAACCUCUCAACCUUCUACACCUUGAGAAGAUGUUUUGCCCAAGUACGACCUGAAUUGAGGCUUCUCCUUCACCGGAGUACUCCUGCCUCUACCUCAUGGGUAUGAAAUAGAAUUAGAAGACUUCAGAGGUUGUGGUUAUAUAUUUUCCAAAACACAGGUCAUUACAUGUCCUAUAGACUACGUCACAGCCUCACGUUUAAAGUGGCCAAGGACAACCCCUUUGGUUUGGUAAGGGCCUGGCCUGUAGGAUUUUGUCCAUACUGGGCUCGAGUCUUAAAGCACACAGCCCUGAACUCAAGACAGGAGAUCCGCGUCCCGAUGGCUUUGCCACACGUUCGUGGGAUGCCUGUACAUAUCCCUCAGUGUUUUAUUCAUUUCCUCACUGCGCACUUUCCUUUGCUGCUGGGGAGGAUCAGGGGAAGUGUUUGGUGGGCAACAACUUCAAGGCUUUGUAUGGACCUUGUCAAACUGCUCCCUUUCCCAUCAUCGAAAUGGUACCUAGUGCCAGACACUGCUAGAAAGGAGGGCCUGUUGGAAGGCUCUUUGCUCGUGGGUUUUUCCCCGUCAGGAUACUCAUGCCAUUAGCCUUCCUAUUCAGUCUUUUGGUUUUGCCCCGCACACUUCUGCUGCUAGUGAGAUGUAGCGUUUGGGUGCUGAGGGAUUCAGUAAAGCAUAGUUAAAUCAUCUACAUUCCCACAGACGUACAAGCCCACCCAGCCGUGCCCACUUCCUUCGGGUGGGUUGUGUGAGGGAGUUGUGGAACAGUGUCAGCCUACAGAGGCACAAUAAUGAUCAGGAGUCCUGAGUGACUGGGUCACUUUAUUUACAUGAAGAAAACUGGAGAUUGAAAAUUGAAUUAUGGAGUAAUAAGAAAAAGCUGUUGCUGGUGUCAUGCCCACUCUCAGUGCCCAGUCUCCAUCGUCUCUGCCCCGGUUCUCUCACAUCAGAAAAUCGUGAGCCCAGCACCUGGGGCCUGGAAGAGUUCGCCCAGAGUAAAUGGCUUUCAUGUGUUUUUAUUGUUUGCUUUUUCUUACGUUGUUUAAUUUUCAUGUACUUAAGAACUGAAUCAUAGUAUCUCAUGGCCCAAGGAUCUCUGAUGCCUGAUACAGGUUCCAUAGAGAUGAGGCUGAAUCAUUAUAAACCUCACCUGCUCUGACUGUGGGAGUGGCAAGGACUGGGGAGAUGGAGAUGUCCUCCCUCAGCGGAGCACAGGGUAUGGGAUUAAAGCAUGAGAAGGGA